AUGGGUUGGUUAGUGGAAGCUCUUGUUGCUUUGAUAUUGCUGUCCCUCUGUUUAGCAAUAACAGAGUCUGCUCCUGAAUCUGCUCUUGUCACCAAUCUUCCUGGCUUCAACGGCAGUUUUCCAUCUAAACACUAUGCCGGGUACGUGGCAAUAGAUAAGGAGCGCAAUAAGAAUCUGUGGUAUUACUUUGUGGAAUCAGAGAGAAAUGCUUCAACAGAUCCAGUUGUGCUUUGGCUUAAUGGUGGUCCUGGCUGCUCUAGCAUGGAUGGAUUUGUCUAUGAACAUGGUCCUUUCAAUUUCGAACUCACAAAGACCAAAGCACCUCGUUUGCACCUCAAUCGUCACAGUUGGUCUAAGGUUUCGAAUAUCAUAUACCUUGACUCUCCAGUUGGUGUGGGGAACUCUUACUCAAAAGACAAGUCUUAUUAUAUAACUAAUGAUACGCAAACGGCGUCUGAUUCUUAUGCAUUCCUUAUCGAGUGGUUCAAGAUGUUUCCGGAGUUUCAGUCGAAUCCAUUCAUGAGAAUAAGUAAAAGAAAAUCAAACAAGGAUGUGACAAAGCCGGUUAUCAAUUUCAAGGGGUAUUUGGUGGGUAAUGGAGUUACUGAUCCGGUGUUUGAUGGUAACGCUCUAGUCCCCUUUGCACAUGGAAUAGGACUCAUAUCUAGUGAACUAUUUGAGGAGACUAAAGCGGCGUGCAAAGAACAGUACUAUAAAUCGGAAAAUACAACAAAUGAGUGCUCCGAUUUGAUUCAAAAAGUGUAUGAUGAUGUGCGCUUAUUAAACUUAUAUGACAUUCUAGAACCGUGCUAUCACGAUACAUCUAUAACCACGUUUGACAUCGGAUCUCUUCCUCCGAGUUUCUUUAUGCUGGGCAAAACAGAAAGGCCAUUGCCAGUGAGAAAGAGAAUUUUCGGACGUGCAUGGCCCUUAGGUGCCAUUGUGCGUCCAGGUUUUCUUCCCAGUUGGCCUCAACUGCUUGCUGGCUCCUCCGUUUCUUGCAUUGACGAUAGAGUUGCAACCGCCUGGCUUAACGAUCCAGCAGUGAGAAAAGAGAUUCAUGCUAAAGAGAAAAGUGAGAUUGGAAGAUGGGAUUUGUGUACAAACCAAAUCCAUUACACUCAAAUUGCUGGAAGCAUGAUCGAAUACCAUAGAAACCUCACUCUUAGCGGCUACCGCGCUCUUAUCUUCAGCGGAGAUCAUGAUAUGUGUGUACCUUUUACCGGUUCUGAAGCAUGGACUAAGGCAAUGGGAUACAAGGUGGUUGAUGAAUGGAGGCCAUGGAUGUCGAAUGGCCAAGUCGCCGGGUUUACACAGGGGUAUGCCAACAAUCUCACAUUUCUAACCAUCAAAGGUGCAGGACAUACCGUUCCGGAAUACAAACCGCGGGAAGCCUUAGACUUCUAUAGCCGUUUCCUAGCCGGAGAAAAGAUGUAG